GAGGGGAUUUGUUAGGGGGAAGUAAUUAAUUUGAUCUAUUUAUGAAUUUUGUUAGGGGGAUUAAUCUGAUGUGUUUGGUAUUAUAUGGAGCACUCACAAGCUGCUAGUCCUGUAUAAUUUUUUUUUCUCCUUAAAAAUCAUUUAAAUUUGAUUUAUAAAUCAUAAAAUUAAAAUCUGAUUUACAAUCAUGAACUGUGUCACAAUCAAAUCACAUUUUUACAUUUUUUCCAACAAAAUCACUUAAAAAAAUCUCACAGAAAAUCAAAAACGAAUUACAGAGUAAUAAAAAAAAAAGCAUUAGACGAAAAGAAAAAAAAAAUCUCACAGUAAAAUCUUGUCCAAAGAAAAAAGCAUAAAAAGAAAAGUAAUUCAAAAUUAAAUUCAGUCCGUCAUCGAAAUUAAUGAGUAAAUUUUUUUUGAAGAAAUCAAGUUAAAAAUUUAAUUAUUUUUUUUUGGAAAUAAACUGAUUGUUGAAAAUCAAGUCAAUUAUUAUUAUUUUUUUUUUAUAAUUGAAAAUCAAGAUAUUUGAGGUAAACUGAUGAUAAAUGAAAAUUAAAAUUAAUAAAUUAUUGAAUUAAAAAAAAAGAAACAUUUUACAUUCCAGAUCUGAAAUACUUUAUGGGUCUGGCAGGAGAGAGAAACAGUUUCUGGAACAGGUUGCAAAAAGAGGGAAACAAAGAAAAUGGUUUUACCCUGGGUAAAUGUUACUCUAGGGGGGUGCUGGGUAGUAUAUUACCCCCAUUUGAGGGGGAGUUUUUACCGGGCUAAAAGAUUACACUCAAUACAGGCCAAGGUUACAAGCCCAUAACUAUUACCCCUUUAAAUUUUACCCUCCCGGGGCGUUUGGAUUGUGGGAAUGGGGAUUGAAAGGUGGGAAUGGGAUUGGGAAUUAAUUGAUGGGAAUACAUGAAAAUAUGCCAAUACCUUGUUUGGAUGGUGGGUGGGAAUAUAUAGGGAAUAAAUAAUAAUUUUACCAAAAUACCCUUACUAAGACUAUUAUUUCAUUCUUUUCAUUAAUGGCAAAAAUGUCAUUUUCCCCUAUUUCCAUUCCCAUCCAUUUAUUACCUACCCUCCCUAGGUAAUAAAAUGGUGGGAAAUCACCCCUAAAUAAUCCCAUUCCCAAACCCUUUUUUAUUCCCACCAAACAAACAAGGUUUCCAUUCCCCUCAAUCCAGGCAGGGCCUAAUGGAGAUGACGAAUCUGAUGAUUGUGAGAUCUUGGAGGAGGCUUCAUCAAUGCCUAAGAAAAACAGGAAGGUUGGGAAGGAACAAAAACAGAAAAUGUUGGAGGUGUACAGAUUACAGAUAUAGCCCCAUAUAGGGAAGCAUUGCAGGGAUUUGCAGCAGCCAACAGGGUUAGUAUGGAUUACAGUAGAAGGCGGGAUUUUUUGUUUUGUGGCUCUUGUGGGACAUUGUUGUCAUUGGAUUCAACUAGGUUUGCUCGCUGCCCUUUAUGCCGUACAAGGAAAAGCCUUAAAGAGGUUGAAGGAAAGGGAACAUGUUAUACCGUUUCAGGAGAGGAUAUUAGAAGGGCAUUACAAAUGGAGCCAUUCGUGAAGGUCGAUGGAGUAAUGUCCGGUGACGUGAAAGUGCAAAGACAAGAGAUUAACCAGCCCUGUGAAAAGUGUGGACACAGCCCUGUUGAGCUAGUUGAUUCAAGACAAACGAGAUCAGCAGAUGAAGGACAGACUAAUUUCUACGAGUGCCCUUCAUGUCGACAUCGAUGGAAGGAGAACUCUUAGCUGUUAUAUUUUUUCUGUUUUGGUAAGAUGGAGUAUAUUUUGGAAGCUACAUUGUUGGUUGUCUUCUUGGAGCCAUUAUUUGGUAAUUUUGCUUGUAAAAGUAACUAGUUAAUUGUUAAGAAGGGUGGUUUGUUUUAGUUUUUGUUUUUUUCCCAUUGUUAUUUGGAUUUGUAUUUUACCUUGCAAUUAUAUUGUUUGUGUACUUCGUAUUCUUGUGGCUAAGUGACCUACUGGCUCAUCAGUUUGGCACAUGGCUGGAACCUACCGCAGCAAGUUAGGAGCAUUGUGAAACAUCUAGUUUAUGUACUAGUUAAAGUACAUUUUCUGAUUUUUCCAUGUUUUUACUC